AUGAUAACAAAUGGAUUCAUUGGUUUGACUUGCUAUACGUACGAAAUCGGGUGUGGAGUCGGGAGGAAAGGGAAUCUAAUGGACAACACGUGCUUUCCAUUUCAUACAGCUAUGGAUACAGUGUUUGCGGGCAUUCAAAACGGACGGGUAGUACAGCCCGGAGAGACGCCGUGGACUGUUUACAUCAUUAUUAGUAAAACCAGCGGUUGUGCAAACUGUACGGUGACCGACAUCCGUGUAUACGCGGGACUAAUAGACCAAAGCAUUACAAAUUUGAAAUACUAUACGGGCGGCAAGUAUUACAUUAAUCCCGAUUACGCAGCAAACAAAUGGUUUGCCUACGAUCUGGCGCUCAUCCGACUCGACACUAGUAUACCACUGGACGGGACGUCGGGUCGGACGGGAAUUAACGCCAUUUGUUUGCCCGAAGAGAAUGUGACAAAUAUAGCCGAAGAGUACGCCCUAUUGAAUGGGUUCGGACACAACACCGAUGACGGGUGGGGGAAAGGUGUACAACGCGUGGGCUGGACUAAAAUUAUGAAAAGCAAUCCCAACAAUAGUCAUGGUGAAAGUGUAAAGCUAUUUUUUAAGCGCACACCAUACCCGACGGGAACAGCCGGUUGUACCACAAAUGGAUUCAUUAGCUUGUAUUAUAACAACAGGACUUACAAUACGUACGAAAUUCUAUAUAUUGAUGGCUAUAAUGGAAAUCAUAUGAAAAUUCAUUUCUACGACAAUAUAACUCAUAGCGGGUGUGGAGUCGGGAAGAAAGCGAAUCUAAUGGACAGCAAGUGCUUCACAUACCAUACAUCUAGUGAUACAAUGUUUGAUAACAUUCAAAACGGACGGGUAGUACAGCCCGGAGAGACGCCGUGGACU